CAAUCUUUCUUCAUCAACCCAAGGUUUCUCAAUUGGUUCAACUUUAUUUGGAAAAUACAACAACUCAUUGGAAUAUUCACCAUCAUUUCUCUCGUUCAAUCUCUUACAGACCAAGCCAGUCAAGGUGGUCCAUAAUUUUUUGUAGCAAAAAUGGAAAGGUCAGUGAGUUAUGGGGGUAAUGAUCUUAAUCUUGAGGCAACUGAGCUAAGAUUAGGGUUGCCCGGGAGUGAUGAGCAUGAGAAACAAUCAUCUCCUAGUGCAAGGACUAGUAAUAAGAGAGCUUCACCUGAGGUGGCCGAGGAGUCAAGUUCUUUGAGUAAUUCAAACGUAUCUGAUGCUAGAAAUGGUGACCAAGAUAGUGCCCCUCCAGCCAAGGCACAAGUAGUGGGGUGGCCACCAAUUAGAUCUUACAGGAGAAAUAGCUUCCAACAAAAGAAAACUGAGGCUGAUGGUGCUGGGAUGUAUGUGAAAGUAAGCAUGGAUGGAGCUCCUUAUCUAAGGAAGGUUGAUCUCAAGGUCUACAAGAGCUAUCCAGAGCUCCUCAAGGCCUUGGAAAACAUGUUCAAGCUCACAAUAGGUGAGUAUUCAGAAAGGGAAGGCUACAAUGGAUCUGACUUUGCUCCUACUUAUGAAGAUAAAGAUGGCGAUUGGAUGCUGGUUGGAGAUGUUCCAUGGGAUAUGUUCAUUUCCACCUGCAAGAGACUGAGAAUCAUGAAGGGGUCAGAAGCUAGAGGUUUGGGUUCUUUAUGAAACCCACAAAAGACAACCACCCAAAAAGAGGAAGGUGUCUUGGAAGUGAAAUUGAUUGGCUAGGGAUCUCCAAGAAGUUUGGUAUCUGACAGAAAGACACAAAAUUGGUCAGACUUAUUCAGUGCUGGGAUCAGCCUCAGCGGUUUUAGUCUUUUAUUAGUUUUCCAAAACAGUACUUUCCUAAAAGCAAAGCUAGGAAAAAGAAAAUACAGCAAUUGAGCUCCAACUGUACAGAGGAUUAAAUGCUUCAUUAGUUCAUUUUGUCCCACAAUAUGGUUAUGUAUCAAUAUGAUUAUAGAAAGGC